AACAUUCGCACCUUCCAUGUCCCAAUCUUGCGAUCACAAAGCCGGAAAACCAACUUAUCCGCCCCCAAACCCGAUGACGAAAACGCCCAUCUCUACAACCAAAACUUUCCCGCCAUCAGAGGGCUACAAUCGUAAUUCCGCCCAUCAAAAACCGCCCAUUACUUUCAGACGAAGCACGAUUUGAAACCCCUCCCACUCUCUCUCUCUCUCUCUCUGGAAAAUUGAAACAAAAAACUUCGAAGGCUUCUCCGAUGGCAACCCAAUUGUUCGAACCCUGUACGAAGACCAGAAAAAGAAAAACAAAUCUGUUUGCGUCUCGUACCUUCCCGUGUCGAUCCUCGACCGUUGGAUUCUCGAGCCCUUUCCGAGACUCCGUCGGGUUGUUUCUGAAAGAAUUCGCGGAGAUUUCAGAGCAUAGCGUCGCCGGUUUGCCCACUUGGUCCACUCUCCUCGUCAACGAGGAAAAUGGCGCCGUCUUCCCUCUCUACACCGUCGAAGAAACCGUCAAAUUCUCUCUCAGCCCUUUUUGCCAGCACUGCAAAUGCGUCGGCAAGUCUCUCUCUCUCUCUCUCUCUCUCUCUCUCGAUAUAUUGAUUGAAUUCUUUGGGUAAUUGAAUUUGUUUUCGAAUUUUCGUGAUGUGGGUUUUGGUGAAUUUGAAGGUUGGGGGCACCAUUUUGUGCCGAAACGGAGGUAUCAUGUGAUAAUUCCGGCGGGGAACAAGUGGGAUAAGCCGUUGAAGGGGAGUUGUCUUGAGAAUCGCCGCCAUCUCUUGUAUGGAUUGAUUCACUGCAAUGGGUUUGGCCAUCUACUAUGUAUCAACGGAGGAAUUGAGGAGGAGGAUUCUAAUUGUAUUCCAAUAGUUCAAAUCAUGGAUCUCUGGGACCGUAUCUGCACAACUCUUCAAACCAGGAAAAUUUCGACGAAUGACGCUUCAGAAAGGAGUUCCAUGGAGUUGAGGUUGCUCUACGGUGUUGCAUAUGGACAAUCUUGGUUUGGGAAAUGGGGUUACAAGUUUGGCCGUGGAAGCUAUGGAGUUACAGAGGAUCAAUACAACAAAGCAAUCAACACACUCAGCACAUUAGACCUCAACAAAAUUAUGGCUCACUUCAAAAACAAGAGACAAGGAAGAGUCAUUCACCAAAUUAUAAACAGAUACAGAGGAUUUAGCGAAACCAAAUUGGUCACAAUCAGUGAUCUCUUACAGUUCAUGCUUGAUUUCAAGUCAAGAGCUAACAACACUUGUUCAAAGCAUUCAUCAAGAAAAACCCAUCAAUGUGGGUCCCAAACGGUGGACAAUCCAUUAAGUAUUGCAACAUUUGUGUCUUCAUUAGGGAGCACUGAUUGCAGGUGGCCUCCAAAAAGGCUGGAAAAUGCAAUUGAAGUGAUUUUUAACUUGUUGAAUGGUAGCACAGAUUUCGUGAUGUCACUGGGAGAAUUGCGAGACGGGGCUAGACAAUGCAUUGGAGACGCUGGAUUGAUCGAUUACGUGCUGAAAUCGAUCGAGUUCCUAGCCACGGGCGACCAAAUAGUACGUCGCUCGGUAAACCCAUCAACCAAAUUGGUAGAAUUCACUAUAAAUCAUGUUGCCAAGAGAACAGAUUCAUCUGCAGAGUCAGAGUCGGCUACAUUUUUAUCUUCUGUCGCGAAAUUUGAUUCGAGGUGGCCCCCGCAAAGGCUAGAACAUGUAGCAAAAGUGGUGUGGAACAUUCUGAGAGAAGUCAAAGGAAUCAAAAACGGCAAAAACGGUCUCUCUAGGCAAGAGUUGCGCGAUUUUGCUAGGCAAUUUGUUGGAGACACCGGAUUGAUCGAUUACGUUCUGAAAUCGAUCCAUGGUUCUAUUGUGGGGAAUCAAAUUGUUUGUCGCUCGAGAAACCCGUCCACCAAAACGGUUGAAUUCUCGAUUCAAGACAUUCUUGACCGAUCGGAGGUUGAACACGUGGUUGGUUUAUCUGGGUUGGAAUCUGCGUUUGAUGUUGAUGGGGAUGUUCUGUUUCUGUAUAAAAAUGUAUUGCUCGGAUAUCCCGAGUACAACCCGGUGAGUUCGGCCGCUGGGACAGUGUUGGACACCAAGCAUUUUGUUAAGGAAUGGGAAAUUAUGGAAAAAAUGAAUGACCAUCUAAUGACGCUUACGUGCCGGGUCUUGCCGAGUUUUGAUGAGUUAGAGACCGAGUUGACGCGGCCGUUGCCACCAGGCGAGUUGGUGGUGGUACCACCCUGGAUCACAAUUGGUGAGCUAAGGGUGGUGGCGCAAUGCUCACUGAGGGACACGUACUGCAUCAUGGACAGGUUCGAUGUAAGGCAGGUUGGGGGGUUGAGGGGAAUUGAGGACGGGAGGGUGCUAUCGUGCGCGGUGGAGCCAGGUGCGCAGGUUUGGGUCAGAGGGUGUGGGCUGGACUUGGAAACGAAGCUGAGGUACGAGGGUGGGCCCGGGAAUCGGACUGUGGAUUGCGUUUGUGGGGCCAGGGAUGACGACGGGGAGAGGAUGGUGACGUGCGAUGGUUGUCACGUGUGGCAGCAUACGAGGUGCUGCUGCGGAAUUGAGGAUGAUGAACCUGCGCCUUCUAUCUUCCUAUGCAGGAAGUGUCGGGGCUAGGUUUGAACUAUGAAUUUUAAGUUAAUCAGGCUGAUUUAUUGGUGUCGAUAAGAUUAUUCAAGUACGGAGUAUAUUAUUUUCAGCUUAGAAU